UUUACUUCUUACUCAGCUUCCAACCUUACCAGUCAAAUGUUUACUCCACUUGCUUGUAUUAAUCGUACGCUAACAACCGCUGCAAGAUGCAAACGGCGGGUGGUAGUAACAGGAAUAGGAAUAUUAUGUCCUCUCGGAAUUACUACACAAAAUGCCUGGAAAGCUCUCAUUAACUGUAAAUCAGGUGUUGUCGGAUUAACUGAACCGGAUUACGAAAAACUACCUUGUAGAAUUGCUGCAUUAGUACCUAAGGGAGACGGUCCUAAUGAAUUAAAUAUUGAUUCACACUUCACGAAAAGUGAAUUACGCACAAUGUGUCCUGCCACUGCUUAUGCUCUGAUUGCUACUGAACACGCGCUAAACGAUGCUAAAUGGAAACCAGAAAAUGAAACGGAUAAACAAGAUACAGGAGUAGCUGUAGGAAUUGGAAUGAUAGAUUUGGUCGAUGUGUGUACAACGUACGAAGCCUUGAAAAAAGGGUACAAUAAAGUCAGUCCGUAUUUUGUGCCAAGGAUUUUGCCAAAUAUGGCUGCAGGACAAAUUAGUAUUAAAUAUGGCUUUCGUGGUCCAAAUCAUUGUGUAUCGACAGCAUGUGCAACCGGAGCACAUGCAAUUGGUGAUGCAUUUCGCUUUAUCCGCGGCGGGGAAACUAGUGUAAUGAUAUGUGGUGGUGCAGAGGCAUGCAUCAGUCCUCUUGCUAUAGCUGCUUUCUGUAGACUUCGAGCUCUAAGCACUUCUAGGAAUGAUUUUCCACAUGAAGCGUCGCGCCCGUUUGAUAAAGACAGAGAUGGAUUCAUAAUGGGAGAAGGUACUGCGAUACUAGUGCUGGAGGAAUUAAAUCAUGCACUUGCAAGGAAUGCAAAUAUUUAUGCGGAAGUAUUAGGAUAUGGUUUGUCUGGUGAUGCAGCGCAUAUAACUGCACCCAGUGAAGACGGUUCUGGUGCUAUAUUAGCUAUGGAUAGAGCGGUAAAAGAUGCUGGUAUAGAAACUAUGGAAAUUACUUUUGUCAGUGCACAUGCAACUUCAACUCCCCUGGGUGAUGCUAUAGAAGCAAAAGCUAUAGAAUCGUUUAUGGGGCAACAUAGUAAAAACGUGACUGUUUCUAGUACAAAAGGGGCUCAUGGUCACUUAUUAGGAGCAGCAGGAAAUUUAGAAGCUGCUUUUACUGUUUUAGCAAUAAAAGAAGGUAUAAUCCCGCCAACAUUGAAUCUGCAUAAUUUAGAUAUAAAAACAUCUUUAAAUUUUGCACCAAAUGAAAAAAAAAUGUGGAAUUCCGUGCCGAGACGUGUAGCUUUAAAAAAUGCUUUUGGUUUUGGAGGAACAAAUGCAUGCUUGUGUUUUGCAGAAUAUAAUGAAUAACCCAAUUAUUAAACUGAAACUAUUUUGAGAAAAAGCAUAAUAAUACACAACAUAUCCUGAACUAGUCAUUCCUUCAGAUACAUUAAUUAAUACAUACAUCGCAUUUACAGAGAUUGUAUAUGCAUAAUGUUGCUCAACUAAAAUAUAGUUUUGUGAUAA